GCAGUGGCGUAAUUAGCGGGGAAUGAGUGUGUGUCUGUCUGUCGGCGGGGGAGGAGAUCACAGACUCGGGCUCUAGUAGGGUGUGGACGCUGGAAGAGUGUCGGUCUGGACUGUCCCAGUCAUCACCGUUGGUCCACUCCAACUAAAAAGCGGCCUUAUAAACAGUGUAGCGCAGACACCAGACACUUGCCCUGAGGCUGUGAAGAGACUGUCCCAUCGCACCCUUCCCGUGGCUGGAUGUUCUGUCAGACCCUCGCCUGUCGUCUUUAGGGUACAGCAGCAUCAGACGCCUCUCCCAGGACACUCCUGGUAGGGGACGAACGAUUCCGGUAGCGUGAGAGUAGAGAGGGUGCCGAGAUGGAUGACAUCUUCACUCAGUGCCGUGAAGGCAACGCGGUAGCCGUCCGCCUCUGGUUGGACAACACAGAGAACGACCUAAACCAGGGGGAUGAUCACGGGUUCAGUCCGUUGCACUGGGCGUGCCGUGAGGGCCGUUCAGGUGUCGUGGAUAUGCUCAUCAUGAGAGGGGCGCGCAUCAAUGUCAUGAACCGCGGCGACGACACACCCCUGCACCUGGCUGCGAGCCACGGCCACCGUGACAUUCUGGCCAAGCUGAUCCAGUGUAAAGCAGAUACCAAUGCAGCAAACGAGCACGGCAACACCCCUCUCCAUUACGCCUGCUUCUGGGCCCACGACCUGGUGGCAGAGGAUCUGGUCAAUAAUGGUGCUCAGGUGUGCAUCUGCAACAAGUAUGGAGAAACUCCACUAGACAAGGCCAAACCACCGCUUGCCGCACAUCUGAAAGAGCUGGGGGAAAAACAGGGACAAAGCCUGACCAAAGUUCCUUUCAAGGACACUUUCUGGAAGGGAACCACUCGAACGCGACCACGUAAUGGCACACUAAAUAAACAUGCUGGCAUAGAUUAUAAGCAGCUUUCCAUGCUGGCCAAGAUCAACGAGAACCACUCUGGGGAGCUGUGGCAGGGCCGCUGGCAGGGCACAGAGAUUGUGGUCAAGAUGCUGCAUGUACGGGACUGGACUACAAGAAAGAGCCGUGACUUUAAUGAGGAGUACCCUAAACUAAGAAUCUUCUCCCACCCAAACGUGUUGCCCAUGUUGGGGGCGUGUCAGUCUCCACCUGCCCCUCAUCCAAUCAUAAUUACACACUGGAUGCCCUAUGGCUCCCUUUACAAUGUGCUUCACGAGGGGACCAACUUUGUUGUGGAUCAGACGCAAGCAGUGAAGUUUGCUUUGGAUAUAGCGUGUGGAAUGGCUUUCCUGCACACACUGGAGCCCAUGAUCCCUCGGCAUUAUCUCAACAGCAAGAGCAUCAUGAUUGAUGAAGACAUGACAGCCAGGAUAAGCAUGGCAGAUGUGAAGUUCUCCUUCCAGUGUCCCGGCAGGAUGUACUCUCCCGCAUGGGUGGCACCUGAAGCCCUGCAGAAGAAGCCAGAGGAGAUUAACCGGCGCUCUGCAGAUAUGUGGAGUUUCGCUGUGUUGCUCUGGGAGCUCGUCACCAGAGAGGUGCCCUUCGCUGACCUCUCAAACAUGGAGAUUGGCAUGAAGGUGGCACUAGAGGGACUGCGGCCCACCAUCCCGCCGGGCAUUUCGCCCCACAUCUGCAAGCUAAUGAAAAUCUGCAUGAACGAGGACCCUGCCAAGAGGCCCAAAUUUGACAUGAUUGUGCCCAUCCUUGAGAAGAUGCAAGACAAAUGAAACGGCCCUGCUGGACGACCCCCGCAAACACUGAGUUCACAGUAUUGCCUUAAAAUUCACCACUCACCAAAGUGCUCUAUGCCACUGUAGCCCUCUGCUAAAGAAAAAUGCUUUGUGGAAACGCUGUUGAACAUUUUUAAAAGCCAUGUUCUCAUUAUCGCCUAUAUUCUUAUAUGCAAUCAUUGAAUAAUGACAUGUGUUUGUGCAUAUAAAUGUUCAUCAGUCCUUUUCUAUAGCCAUUAAACAGGAAGUGGUGGCCGCAACAGUCCUUGGACGCAGUGAAUGUACAGUAAAAUUAGUUUUCAAAUCCACUCCCACAUUUUAUGCAUCCUUUUGCUCAUUUCACUCCGUUAAAAAGACAUCACAGGUCAUUUCAUCAGCUUAAAAUCAAAAUAAUUUGCAAAUGUGUAUACAACAGCCAUUGUUAGUAUUUAAAGCAUCGUGCCAUUGUCUUUCACUGUGCGUUUUCUUUGGAUUGUCCCUGAAAAUAAAAGUCGAUAGGCUGAGUUUGCCUGAGAUUUGUUUAAAAAAAAAAAAACGCUACAAUAAUGCAAUGGCUAAUGCCAGUUUUAUGCCUUAUGCAAAAAAUUAACCAAAAUAUGAAGUGCCCAUAAUAUCAUGAUUGUACUGUCUCUCUCAUAGCAGGGAGAUACAUAUUAUAAAAACAUGUGAUGUUAGAUUAAGGUACCAUAUGUUCAAAGGAAGAGCCAUUUACACACGUCACAUCAAAUGCGAGAACUCGCUUGCCACAUGCAUGAUGAGUCAUGUCUCUUCUCCUUGCUCCAGAAAUCUACAUAUUGACUUGAUCCAUACAAAUGCAUGAUUGCUACGUCCUCUGUUGUUACUAACACUCCUCCUGCUCCUGUAUUCUAAUUUACAUUACAUGUUAAGCAUGUUACAUCUGAGAGAUUUUUUAUACUGUAUACAAAUAUUAGUGUUUUUUCAUGGGCGUUACAUUAGGGAGCCCAUGAGUGCCUUUAUUUUUUUGCUUUUCUAAACACUACAUCUAUUUCCUUCUUUAUUUUGCUUUUACUGUGUUCCUCUUUUCAGCUAGCCAUUGUAUAAUAGGAAACCAAGAGACGAAAACAAGCAUACUUGACAUGCAUAAAUGUAUCCUUUUUUAUUUCAGUGUUUCUUUUUACGUUUUGAAAAGCAAACAGCGAUGAUAAUGAAAAACAGACUGAUUAUCUAACUUAUGCUCACUGUUUUCUGACCCUGUGAGGUUUUUAAUGAAACUUUAUGUGGCUUUUCUUUAUUCUUUAUUUUGGAGAUUUGGGCUGUUUAUAUUUUAUUCAUGAUAACUAAAGUUUACUAAAGGAAAAUAAGAACAAAUAAAAUGUUUUGGCCAUGCUAAAUGCUUCAAUCUGUGUCGGUCAUAAAAUUAAUUAUUGGGUUGUUGACAUGAAAUAAUAUAAAGCAAUGCCAGCAGUGUGUUGCGAUGUGAUAUGCUAUAAGCUACUUCUAAAUAAAGGGCUUUUUAAUUUUUUUUAAUUUUU